CUCCAUAACUCGACAAUCCACCACAUCCAUCUCUAGCUUCUACUAGCUGAAGCACACUAGCACCAAGGCAGACGCCAUGGACGCUGUGGAGUCCUCUUCGCCCUACUCGCCGCCGUCGCUGCGCCACAAGCUGCGGACCACCGUCUGCGGCUGCUUCGGCUUGCCGGGCAGCGACGGGCCGAGGCCGCAAAGUGGCGGCAGGGCCAGGUGGAGACGGCGGGUGGCGGCCGCGGGGGAGUUCAGGUACGACCCGCUCAGCUACGCGCUCAACUUCGAUGACGGCGGCAGCGGCGACGGCGAUCACGAAGCAGAGGACGCUGCCUUCCCGUACCGGAACUUCAGCUCGCGCCUGCCUCCCUCGCCGACGCCGGCCUCCCGAGCCGUCGCCAUCGCCUGAAGUCCUUUGCUGCUUCUGUAGCAUAAUAUGUCUCUGAAUUUUGCUUCUUCUCUAAGCGAGAUCGAAUCAACUCUGUAAAAGCAGUUUACGGCCGUGGAAAUGGUAGCGAGGUAGUAGCAAUAGCAGUGCACCAAUACCGUGAUGCUUGUAUACAUAUAGGAACGAAUCAAUCAACUUUAAUAUUCCGUCGGUUCUCAAUGCAAGAUGAA